AACCCCUGCGCUCAGCGCAGCGGAAUCUAUAAAAGGAACUAGUCGCGGCAAAACCCCGGUAAUUCUGAGGAAGAGUGAGUGCGGCCGGGGCCGGAGGAGCGGCGCCGAUACAUCUCUCCCCCGGCGCAGGUGGGCAGAACAGGGGGCGCCGCGUGACCAGCGCCGCCACAGCCCAUUUCUCGCGGCGCUUUGCUCCCUUUCCCCCACUUCUUUCCCAGAAGGGUUUUUCAAGGGGUGGGGGAAAGAGCCGGAAACAAAAAGUGGAAAACAGUUAAUGACCAGCCACAGCGUCCCCCCUGUGAGCUCCGGCCACUUCCUCCACGGGCUCCCGAGCCACACGCAGGCUGCUGUGGUGUCGGCUGAGGUAACAUGGCUUAUUGGCCUCAGCUGAGGUUGCUGCUGUGGAAGAACCUCACUUUCAGAAGAAGACAAACAUGUCAGCUGCUGCUGGAAGUGGCCUGGCCUCUAUUUAUCUUCCUGAUCCUGAUCUCCGUGCGGCUGAGCUACCCACCCUAUGAACAACAUGAAUGCCACUUUCCAAACAAAGCCAUGCCCUCUGCAGGAACACUUCCUUGGGUUCAGGGGAUUAUCUGUAAUGCCAAUAACCCCUGUUUCCGUUAUCCGACUCCUGGUGAGGCCCCCGGGGUUGUUGGAAACUUUAACAAGUCCAUUGUGUCCCGCCUGUUCUCAGAUGCUCGGCGACUUCUUCUGUACAGCCACAGAGACACCAGCAUGAAGAACAUACGCCAAGUUCUAAGGACAUUAUACCGGGUCGAGCCUUCCAGCUCAGCAGGCUUGAAGUUUCGGGACUUCCUGGUAGACAAUGAAACCUUCUCUGGAUUCCUGCAUCACAACCUCUCUCUGCCAAGGCCAACUGUGGACAAGAUGCUGGGGGCUGGUGUCAGUCUCCGCAAGGUAUUUUUGCAAGGCUACCAGUUACAUUUGACCAAUCUGUGCAAUGGAUCAAAAUUAGGAGAGGUGAUUCGACUUGGUGACCAAGAAGUCUCCAUGCUUUGCAGCCUGCCAAAGGAGAAACUGGAUGCAGCAGAGCAAAUACUUCAUUCCAACCUGGACAUUCUGAAGCCAAUCCUGACAGAACUAAACUCCACAUCUCUCUUCCCCAGCAAGGAGCUGGCUGAAGCCACAGAAACUUUGCUGGAUAGUCUUGGGAUUGUGGCUCAAGAGCUGUUCAGCAUGAGGAGCUGGAGUGACAUGCGGCAGGAGGUGAUGUUUCUGACCAACGUGAAUAGCACCAGCUCCUCCACGCAGAUCUACCAGGCCGUGUCCCGCAUCGUCUGUGGCCAUCCCGAGGGGGGGGGCCUGAAGAUCAAGUCCCUUAACUGGUACGAGGACAACAACUACAAAGCCCUCUUUGGAGGCAACGGCACUGAGGACGAUGCCGGCACCUUCUAUGACAAUUCGACAACUCCUUAUUGCAAUGAUUUGAUGAAGAAUCUGGAGUCCAGUCCUCUUUCCCGCAUCAUAUGGAAAGCUCUCAAGCCCCUGCUUGUUGGGAAGAUCCUGUAUACACCUGACACUCCAGUCACAAGGCAGGUUAUGGCUGAGGUGAAUAAGACCUUCCAGGAACUGGCUGUGUUUCAUGAUCUGGAAGGCAUGUGGCAAGAGCUCAGCCCCAAGAUCUGGACCUUCCUGGAGAGCAGCCCAGAAAUGGACCUUGUCCGGACGCUAUUGGACAGCAGAGGCAAUGACCACUUUUGGGAACAGCGAUUGGAAGGCUUAGAUUGGACAGCCAGAGAUAUCGUGGCAUUUCUGGCCAAGCACCCAGAGGAAGUGCAGUCCACUAAUGGCUCUGUGUACACCUGGAGAGAAGCCUUCAAUGAGACCAACCAGGCAAUCCAGACCAUCUCUCGCUUCAUGGAGUGUGUGAACCUGAACAAGCUGGAACCAGUGGCAACAGAGGUUCUGCUCAUCAACAAGUCCAUGGAGCUGCUGGAUGAGCGGAAGUUCUGGGCUGGGAUCGUGUUCACUGGAAUUGCUCCUGGCAGUGUCGAGCUGCCCCAUCACGUCAAGUACAAGAUCCGGAUGGAUAUCGACAAUGUGGAAAGGACGAAUAAGAUCAAGGAUGGGUACUGGGACCCCGGUCCUCGGGCUGACCCCUUUGAGGAUAUGCGGUACGUCUGGGGGGGCUUCGCAUACUUGCAGGAUGUGGUGGAGCAGGCGAUCAUCAGGGUGCUGACGGGCGCAGAGAAGAAAACCGGCAUCUACAUGCAGCAGAUGCCUUACCCCUGUUACGUUGACGACAUCUUCCUGCGGGUCAUGAGCCGGUCAAUGCCCCUCUUCAUGACGUUGGCCUGGAUUUACUCUGUGGCUGUGAUCAUCAAGGGCAUUGUGUACGAGAAGGAGGCGCGGCUGAAGGAGACCAUGCGCAUCAUGGGCCUGGACAACAGCAUCCUCUGGUUCAGCUGGUUCAUCAGCAGCCUCAUCCCCCUGCUCGUGAGCGCCGGCCUGCUGGUGGUCAUCCUGAAAUUAGGAAACCUGCUGCCCUACAGCGACCCCAGUGUGGUGUUUGUCUUUCUGUCCGUGUUCGCCGUGGUGACCAUCCUGCAGUGCUUUCUGAUCAGCACGCUCUUCUCCAGAGCCAACCUGGCGGCAGCCUGUGGAGGCAUCAUUUACUUCAUGCUGUACCUGCCCUACGUCCUGUGCGUGGCGUGGCAAGACUACGUGGGCUUCACACUCAAGAUCUUUGCGAGCCUGCUGUCUCCUGUGGCUUUUGGGUUUGGCUGUGAGUACUUUGCCCUUUUUGAGGAGCAGGGCAUUGGGGUGCAAUGGGACAACCUUUUUGAGAGCCCUGUGGAGGAAGAUGGCCUCAACCUCACCACCUCGGUCUCCAUGAUGCUGUUUGACGCCUUCCUCUACGGGGUGAUGACCUGGUACAUCGAGGCUGUGUUUCCAGGCCAAUAUGGAAUCCCCAGGCCCUGGUAUUUCCCUUGUACUAAGUCCUACUGGUUUGGCGAGGAAAGCAAUGAGAAGAGCCACCCUGGUUCCAUCCAGAAGGGAACGUCAGAAAUCUGCAUGGAGGAGGAACCCACCCACCUGAAGCUGGGCGUGUCCAUUCAGAACCUGAUGAAGGUUUACCGAGAUGGCAUGAAGGUGGCAGUUGAUGGCCUGGCCUUGAAUUUCUACGAGGGCCAGAUCACCUCCUUCCUGGGCCACAAUGGAGCUGGGAAGACCACCACCAUGUCAAUCCUGACUGGGUUGUUCCCUCCCACCUCGGGCACUGCCUACAUCCUGGGGAAAGACAUUCGCUCCGAGAUGAACAUCAUCCGGCAGAACCUGGGGGUCUGUCCCCAGCAUAACGUGCUGUUUGACAUGCUGACUGUUGAAGAGCACAUCUGGUUUUACGCCCGCCUGAAAGGGCUCUCGGAGAAGCACGUGAAAGCAGAGAUGGAGCAGAUGGCCCUGGAUGUUGGUUUGCCGCCAAGCAAACUGAAAAGCAAAACAAGUCAGCUGUCAGGUGGAAUGCAGAGAAAGCUGUCUGUGGCCUUGGCCUUUGUCGGGGGAUCCAAGGUUGUCAUUCUGGAUGAGCCCACAGCCGGCGUGGACCCUUACUCCCGCAGGGGAAUAUGGGAGCUGCUGCUGAAAUAUCGACAAGGCCGCACCAUUAUUCUCUCCACACACCACAUGGAUGAAGCGGACAUCCUGGGGGACAGGAUUGCCAUCAUUUCACAUGGGAAGCUGUGCUGCGUGGGCUCCUCCCUGUUCCUGAAGAACCAGCUGGGGACAGGUUACUACCUGACCCUGGUCAAGAAGGACGUGGAGUCCUCCCUCAGCUCGUGCAGAAAUAGCAGUAGCACUGUGUCGUACCUGAAAAAGGAGGACAGUGUUUCUCAGAGCAGUUCUGAUGCUGGCCUGGGCAGCGACCAUGAGAGUGACACGCUGACCGUCGAUGUCUCCGCAAUCUCCAACCUCAUCAGGAAGCAUGUGGCCGAGGCCCGGCUGGUGGAAGACAUUGGGCAUGAGCUGACCUACGUGCUGCCCUAUGAAGCCGCCAAAGAGGGGGCCUUUGUGGAACUCUUCCAUGAGAUUGAUGACCGGCUCUCAGACCUGGGCAUCUCCAGUUAUGGAAUCUCAGAGACUACCCUGGAAGAAAUAUUUCUCAAAGUGGCUGAAGAGAGUGGGGUGGAUGCUGAGACCUCAGAUGGCACCCUACCCGCAAGACGAAACAGACGGGUCUUCGGGGACAAGCAGAGCUGUCUUCGCCCAUUUACUGAAGAUGAUGCUGUUGAUCCGAAUGAUUCCGACAUAGAUCCAGAAUCCAGAGAAACAGACCUGCUCAGCGGGAUGGACGGCAAAGGCUCCUACCAGGUGAAGGGCUGGAAACUCACACAGCAGCAGUUUGGGGCCCUUUUGUGGAAGAGGCUGCUGAUUGCCAGACGGAGUCGGAAGGGAUUCUUUGCUCAGAUUGUCCUGCCAGCUGUGUUUGUCUGCAUUGCCCUGGUGUUCAGCUUGAUCGUGCCACCCUUUGGCAAGUACCCCAGCCUGGAACUUCAACCCUGGAUGUACAACGAACAGUACACGUUUGUCAGUAAUGACGCUCCUGAGGACGUGAGCACCCAGGAGCUCUUGAGCGCUCUCACUGGAAAGCCUGGCUUCGGGACCCGAUGUAUGGAAGGAAACCCAAUCCCAGACAUGCCCUGCUCGGUGGGGGAGAAGGAGUGGACCACCACCCCAGUCCCCAAGACCAUCACGGACCUCUUCAGAAAUGGGAACUGGACGAUGGAGAACCCCUCCCCCACCUGCCAGUGUAGCAGCGACAGAAUCAAGAAGAUGCUGCCCGUGUGUCCCCUGGGGGCUGGGGGGCUGCCUCCUCCACAAAGAAAACAGAACACUGCGGACAUCCUUCAGAACCUGACGGGAAGAAACAUUUCGGAUUAUCUGGUGAAGACAUAUGUGCAGAUCAUAGCCAAAAGCUUAAAGAACAAGAUUUGGGUGAACGAGUUUAGGUAUGGUGGAUUUUCCCUGGGUGCCAGUAAUUCUCAAUCACUGCCUCCGAGUGAAGAAGUUAAUGAUGCCAUCAAGCAAAUGAAGAAACACUUGAAGGUGGCCAAGGACAGUUCUGCAGAUCGAUUUCUCAGCAGCUUGGGAAGGUUCAUGACAGGACUGGACACGAAGAAUAAUGUCAAGGUGUGGUUCAACAACAAGGGCUGGCACGCCAUCAGCUCUUUCUUGAAUGUCAUCAACAAUGCCAUUCUCCGGGCCAACCUGCAGAAGGGAGAGAACCCUAGCCAGUAUGGGAUUACUGCCUUCAAUCACCCCCUGAACCUCACCAAGCAGCAGCUCUCGGAAGUGGCUCUGAUGACCACAUCAGUGGACGUCCUCGUGUCCAUCUGUGUCAUCUUUGCGAUGUCCUUCGUCCCGGCCAGCUUUGUCGUGUUCCUGAUCCAGGAGCGGGUCAGCAAAGCGAAGCACCUGCAGUUCAUCAGUGGAGUGAAGCCUGUCAUCUACUGGCUCUCCAAUUUUGUCUGGGACAUGUGCAACUAUGUGGUCCCUGCCACGCUGGUCAUUAUCAUCUUCAUCUGCUUCCAGCAGAAGUCCUAUGUGUCCUCCACCAACCUGCCUGUGCUAGCCCUUCUACUGCUGCUGUAUGGGUGGUCCAUCACACCUCUCAUGUACCCAGCCUCCUUCGUGUUCAAGAUCCCCAGCACAGCCUACGUGGUCCUCACCAGCGUGAACCUCUUCAUCGGCAUCAAUGGCAGCGUGGCCACUUUUGUGCUGGAGCUCUUCACCAACAAUAAGCUGAAUAACAUCAAUGAUAUCCUGAAGUCGGUGUUCUUGAUCUUCCCACAUUUUUGCCUGGGACGGGGGCUCAUUGACAUGGUGAAAAACCAGGCAAUGGCUGAUGCCUUGGAAAGGUUUGGGGAGAAUCGCUUUGUCUCGCCACUGUCUUGGGACUUGGUGGGACGAAACCUCUUCGCCAUGGCCGUGGAAGGGGUGGUGUUCUUCCUCAUCACUGUGUUGAUCCAGUACCGAUUCUUCAUCAGGCCCAGACCUGUAAUGGCAAAGCUUCCUCCUCUGAAUGAUGAGGAUGAAGAUGUGAGGAGGGAGAGACAGAGAAUUCUUGAUGGUGGAGGACAGAAUGACAUCUUGGAAGUCAAGGAGCUGACUAAGGUAUAUAGAAGGAAGAGGAAACCUGCCGUCGACAGGAUUUGCGUUGGCAUUCCUCCUGGUGAGUGCUUUGGACUUCUAGGUGUCAAUGGGGCUGGGAAAUCAUCAACUUUCAAGAUGUUAACGGGAGAUACCACUGUUACCAGAGGAGAUGCUUUUCUUAACAAAAAUAGUAUCUUAUCAAACAUCCACGAAGUACAUCAGAACAUGGGCUAUUGCCCUCAGUUCGAUGCCAUCACAGAGCUGCUGACUGGAAGAGAACACGUGGAGUUCUUGGCGCUCUUGAGAGGCGUCCCGGAGAGAGAAGUCGGCAAGGUUGGUGAGUGGGCAAUUCGGAAACUGGGCCUCGUGAAGUAUGGAGAAAAAUAUGCUGGGGACUAUAGCGGAGGCAAUAAGCGCAAGCUCUCGACGGCCAUGGCUUUGAUUGGCGGGCCUCCUGUGGUGUUUCUGGAUGAACCGACCACAGGCAUGGACCCCAAAGCCCGGCGAUUCUUGUGGAAUUGUGCCUUAAGUAUCAUCAAGGAAGGGAGAUCAGUAGUGCUUACAUCUCAUAGUAUGGAAGAAUGUGAAGCUCUUUGCACUAGGAUGGCAAUUAUGGUCAAUGGGCGGUUCAGGUGUCUUGGCAGUGUCCAGCAUCUGAAAAAUAGGUUUGGAGAUGGUUAUACAAUAGUCGUACGAAUAGCAGGGUCCAACCCUGACCUGAAGCCUGUCCAGGAGUUCUUUGAACUCGCCUUCCCAGGAAGCGUGCUGAAGGAGAAGCACCGGAACAUGCUGCAGUACCAGCUUCCCUCUUCACUGUCUUCCCUGGCCAGGAUUUUCAGCAUCCUUUCCCAGAGCAAAAAGCGACUCCACAUAGAAGACUACUCUGUCUCUCAGACAACACUUGACCAAGUAUUUGUAAACUUUGCCAAGGACCAAAGUGAUGAUGACCACUUAAAGGACCUGUCAUUACACAAAAACCAGACAGUGGUGGAUGUUGCAGUUCUCACAUCUUUUCUGCAGGAUGAGAAAGUGAAAGAAAGUUAUGUAUGAAGAAUCCUGUUCAUACAGGGUGGCUAGAAGAAAGGAGGAACUAGACCUUCCUUUGCACUAUGUGAAGUGUUCCAGAGGAAAGAGCUGGAAGAUUUUGUGGGAAGAGGUAAACUGGAUACUGUACUGAUACUAUUCAAUGCAAUGCAAUUCAAUGCAAUGAAAACAAAAUUCCAUUACAAGGGCAGUGCCUUUGUAGCCUAUGUCUUGUAUGGCUCUCGAGUGAGAAAGACUUGAAUUUAGUUUAUUACCUUAUACUCAUGUGAAACUCUAGUAUGGAACCCAGCGGACAUAUGGGUUUGACAUACUUUUUUGUUCCUUUGUAUUCUAACUGGGGUUGCAACAAUAAUUCAUCAAGUAAUCAUGGCCAGUGAUUGUUUAUCAAAAUCAAAAGGCAUCCUCAUUCAUUAAGCCGUGCCAAGCCAGGAGACUGGUUUCCCGGUGACACAGCCAGUGCCGGCAAUGAGUGCACCGGAAUUACUAAUGCCAAGUUGCUCAGAAAGCCCGAAGCACCAUGGUGUGUCGUGCACACUGUUGUGAAAGCUGCUCUACUCAGAGUCUGUUGACAUCAUCAAAUAUCAGGUGACAAAAUGGUUCCAUGUGUGGGGAAAGUCCUGCUUUGAUUCCCUCUUUGAUGAACUGCUCUGAUGGUGGUGACAUGCAAAUUGCAACAUGUAAAUUGCAUGGUAACAUGCAAGAAUGAGACUUGGUUUCAUUGUUGUCCUUGCUUGGAACCAUGAGUCUCCAAGGUUAUCUUUGUGGGACUCUUUAAGUAUACUUAGAUCCUGGUUAAGAAGCAAAGAAUCAGCAACUGCAUUGUUGGGGCCGCAGGCUGCGGAAGCCAGGGCAUGGGAUGAAGGAGAUGACGCGUUCAAACCAAGGGAGGCCUGUGUCCAUUUGUCCUGAUUGUCUGCUAACACGGUACAGUGCAUCUCAAGAUCUUGUUGUUUGAUACAAGCAUAGUAUUAUUUCUGGCUUUUUGGAUUAAUCUAGAAUAUGAAAAGAUGGAGUUGUAUUUUGAGAAAAAUCUUUGUACUUUUAAUGUUAUUUGGAAUUGUAAGUUCUGUCAGUGACUUUUGAAACCUUAGAAUGGCCUCUUUGUAGAACCCUGUGGCACAGAGGAGUAUGGCCACACUGCCGCGCUAGCUUUAUUUUUUCAUGUAAGUUUGCGAAUGGAUCAUCUAAUGCCUAGUGACUAGAAAACACUGUGAUGGCCAAGAUCUCAUGACAACAUUGUAUUUAAGUUUCUUUAAGAUCGUUUAGAAUACUUUUAGUAUCAGUGCAUUAAUCAAGUAUUUUUUGAGUGUAUGUUAUAACUGAGUAUGGAUGGAUGCGGUGAGGAGAUAUUAAGUCUCAGUAGAUUUCCUGUGCCAUGUUUGUCAGCUAACUGGUUUACAAAUACAGGUUUUGUUGUGGUUGUGGGAACCCACUGAAAGAAUAUUGGGCAGCCCACUUUUUGAAAAUAGCAACAAUGCAAAAGCCAAGAAAGUUUAAAUGUCAUAAGGGUCGCAAGACUAUAUAAUGAAUACUUUCACAGAGAAGACAGCUAGCUUCAAAGCUUGUUGAAUAACAUAAAACUGUGCUUAUGGCAUUUAGUACCUUCGAAUAAUUAACUUUGAAAAUCUCAGAUACCCCAUUCUGACAAUCUCAAAUUUUUCAUCUCUUCAAUCACUAACCUAUCGUGAAAAAAAAAAAACAACAACAAAAAACAGCAAAUGCCCCCACGUAAAGAUUAUCUCAGACUUUUCUAACCCAGUUUAAUUUUUUUAG